CCAACGCACACCCACACCCACAGUACAGCUCACAGUCUCCUGAGCGGUGACUCAGGCCGGCAUGUUGGGUGUUGUUGGAGGUUUCCUGACCUUUUGGUGCAGGCAGAAGAACGAGGAUGGACAGUGUGAACGGUGAAAAGUGAAACACAGAUCCUGAGCAGUCAUGAGUAUCAGACAUGUUACCAGGAGACCAUGUACCUGUGGACAGGACAGAGGAACAGAGCAACCCGACUAAAGGUAGCGUGUCUUUAAAAUCAGCAGAGGAAAUCCUUUCAGCAUGUGACCCUGUGAACAGAGGAAAUACCAUCCCCACUGACCUCAUCAGCACUCAGCCUCUGCCCGCUGCAGCCCAGCCAGCAGAGGCCUCACAGGAGGCAGCAGGGUUUAAGAAGAAGCAUCACUGUGACCUCCAGAAGCCCACCUGCCCACAAUGUGGCCUUGCAGUCCCAGACCACAGACGGCCUCCUCUCUCCCCGGGCCUCAGCCGACUGCAGGGCUCGAGCAUGUCGGGCAUGUCGGUGCACAGCAACAGCAGCAGGAGGAGCAGGAGGAGCAGGGGCAACAUGGCUGGAUCGCACCAACCUACUGCUACACCUGCUGACUCCUGUUUACAGCUGUUGCUGGCGUGCCUGUCGUGCCAGGGGUCGGUGCUGCUCCUGGGUCUGUUGGAGGCCUGUUCCUCGUGCCUCCACACACUCUGCUCCUCCUGCUGCCACGCCUGCGCGCGCUGCUGUUCGGCCAUCCAGGAGGCGCCCGUGGAGGAGCUCAACUGCAACGCCCACUGCCACUCUGUGCUAUUCGAGACUUGCUGUGAGCCGACCGAAUGUCUCGAGUUUUGUCUGGAGUGCUGUGACAUCUGUCAUCGCAGCUAGGGGGCAACUGGACCGCCAGGCCUCUGGACUUAAUAUAUGAGACAUGUAAAGAGACUGCAACAGACAUUAAAAGCAAUGUGGGAUUCAUUAGUACUACAAUGACAUCUCAUUUCUUGUGACUAAACAUGAUCUUAUUGAACUUGUUGUGACCCACAGAGUUGUGAACACACAAACAGCUGAGAAACUUUACAAUUCUUUGUGGUCACCAAUGUGUCUACUAAAUAUUCUGUCAACAAAUGCUGCUAAAAUAAUACAUUUUAUUGAGUUCAACCCACAUGAUCACUUACCGAAGAGCGAAGACUUUAGUCCUUCGCAUUCUUCUUCAGUAAAAGGCCUUCAUGAGCUGAAGCACUUUUAAAUUAAUAGUUCAAAAUUUUGAGAAAUUCCCAUAUUUGUUUUUUCUAUCCAAGAAGUAGAGGUACUGGCUGUCAUUUAACGAAGGAGCAGGAGCCAGGAGGCCAUUAGCUAAGCUUAGAAUAAAGCCUGGAAGAAAGCCAACUAUCAAUAUUUUUAAUAUCACAAAUUGUGUUUGUCAAGUGUUUUCAGUGGGACUAAAUAUUGUUGUAAAUAUUUGUUGACGAACAUCUGCCCAGCACUGUCUCAUUGCCUGGCAACCUCACCAGGAACUGUGUGGUGUUACUCAACGUAAAAUAAUAAUUUUUACACAUUUGUGUGAAUUAAUUAAACAUAUGAGAUACAGUGUGUUAACAGGCCUUUUCACAGCAGCCAUUUUGGAAGAGGAGGGUUACCAGUGAUACUAUUUAAGGUUCUGUCUCAUUCAGAUUAAACAGGGAGCUGCUAUUGUGCAUGUUGGCUCUGAAAGGUUCUGCUACACUAAAUGGAAGAGAAACUUAAUUAGUAUAAUUGGUAACACCUGUUUGCACAACUAUUUCAUGUCAAAAUGGCUGCUGUGAAAAAGGUCUGGUAGUGAGCUUCAGAGGUGCUGGUAGGCAAAUGUUUGACAAAGUCAGGCUAGCAAUUUCCCCACACUUUCAGCCUUUAUGCUAAGCUAAGCUAAUUGCUUCCCGGAGCCAUACUCAAAGGAAUAGUUUGAUAUUUUGGAAAAUACACUUUUUACUUUUUUUGAGAUGAGAUGGUCGAUACGCUCUCAUAUUCUUGCAUAUAUUUGCAGCUGGGUGCAGCUUGUUUCCGUUCGUACCGUUGGGGACCAGGGGACGGUUGGGCUAACUUGCCGUUUUCAGCGUGUAGGUUGCUAGCUCAAAGGGUUGAUGUUGUUCCACGUAGCCAAGGAGUAUUUUGAAAUUGGUUACACGCAGAUAGUGGAACGGGAGAACGCUGCGUGAAAUACACAGCAAACGGCAGGCCGCACAAUCUACACCUGACUAGUCAACCACUCUCAAAUCUACAGCCAAGAGACAAUUAGCUUACCUUAGCUUAGGCUGGAAAACAACGACGCUGGCUCGGUCCAAAAGUAGAAAAUCUGCCUACCAGCACCUCUAAAACUCACUGAUCAACACUGUAUCUUAUUAUUGAAUUAAUACAAGAACCAAAGUGUAAAAACAAGCUGUGUCGUCCCCCCCCAUUUCCAGUCAGCAUGCUAAGCUAAUCUCACUGGCUCUUCGCUAAUUUAACGCACAGAUACGAGAGUGGUGUCAAAACUCUUUUUAGUUUUUAGUUUUAUUUCCCAAAAAUGUCAAACUGUUCCUAUUCUGUGCAGAGGAAGGAACAGAUGUAUUAUUUAUCUCCUGGUUGAUUUUUUGGGAAAAUAGAUUCAAGGACCUUUUUAAAUAUUAAAAGAAAUUUGUCAAGGUCAUUUGUUCUGCUUGUUAAAUUGCUGUGGAUAUCCAAGGUGAAUAAAAUCCAUUGUGGGACUUAUUAA